GGUUGAUGUCCCACCAAAACCCUACUUAAUUGUAAGAUAUCGAGUCCGAGGAAGGGGGCGACUCGGAGCAGCGGUGGAGGAGAUAAAAGGCCAUGCAACAGCGGAGUGUCUCUGCCAGCCGGCGGCCGUCGGGAACGGAUGGCUCGGAUUUCUCCUACCGCAUGGUCGUCGAUUCCAGGUACACCAGGGUCGCUAAAGGCAAAUCCAGGCUUGGAGCUCUGCUUGCCGCGCAGACUGCCAGUCAAGUGGUUUGGACAUCACUAAUGUUACUAUCUGCAUCACAUGAGAAGAAGUUUGAGACCUUUGCUGCCAUAUCACUUUCAGUUGGAUUCAUUUCCCUCGUAAUUGGAGAAUUAGGUCGGAGGCGCAGUCAUAUAACUCUGUUGAGAUUGUACGCAAUCAUAUCAUCUAUUGCAACUGUACUAUCAGUUGCUUCUAUUAUUAGGAGCGACUUGCACUUGAAGGUCAUCAAAUACCAAAGUACCGCAGAUAUGACAUAUUACGAGCUCCUUGAGAUUGGACGCACUUUAAUCGGUGUUAUGCUGCAGAUACUUAUUAUAAUUACGACAGUUUCACUUGUGCACAACAUGUCUCCCAAGAGAAUCUCCUGAAUCAUGUCAAAGAGGGAUAAGCUGCUCACAGAUUGUGCUCGACACCAUUUGGCUAAUACUGAGGCAUAGAGACUGUGAUAAUUGGUAAAUUUUGUCCAAGAAACAUCUUAUGCAUAUUAAAAUAUCAGAUUUGGUCAAAGAGAUUGAUUUCUGGUAAAAAUAGGCUUAUGUGGAUUUGAGUCACAAUGAAUCAAAAAUAUUCCUAGAUGCUUCUGGAA